GUGGACUGAUGAAACCGAAACCGAGCUGAACCCCAUGAAGAGUGCUUGCGAAUCCGAGAAAUCGUCAGGCUUCUACCGGCCCGGUAUACUGCUGCAGAGCCAUGCCACCGCGAUUGAGUCAUCGAAAAUCCACCAGGGGUUGUCUUCGAUGCAAAUCACGAAAAGUCAAGAACCUUCCUUCAAGAUGCCAACGUUUCGGCAGUGCGAUGAGAAGCGACCUCAAUGCAGUCACUGCACCCGUCACGGUGUAGUGUGCGAGUACCCAUCAUUGACAACUCGUGUUUACAAUCCUAUUCAGCAAAAGCCAUCCACCCCACUGACACGACGCGUAGCCCAAGGAGAUCCCAAGCCUUCGCUGCCUUCUCCAGAGCUUGGGGGAAUGCGGGUCCUUGAGUUACGCCUCAUGCAUCACUGGCGGGCGUCCGUGAGAUGUGGGCUGUGGCUGUUCCGCAAAUGGCUUUUGAAUAUGAACCUCUCCUUCACAUUACUCGCCAUUGGUGCAGCACACCGUGCCUCCCUUCUUCCGGAGGAGGCAAAUGCCUUGCGGCCCUGGCAUCGCCCUGUGACGGCCAAGCUUGACGGCAGUACUAGCGAGUCAGUUUGCCUGAACGCAGUAUUGAUCUCGCUGUUUACUCUGUUUCUACGGUCAGAGCCUAGCACGGAGCCCUACGAGCCCCCGCUAUUAUGGCUCUCAAUGGCUCGUGGUAUCCGAACCGUCUUGAAAGAGGUUUAUCAUCAGUUGGUCAAGUCGAACUCACGUCUCUGUCCGUUACUUCUCGCCCAGCCAACUAUCUGGUCCCAGGGUUCGUACAAGGGCCCCGACAAUCCGUUCCAUUUUCUCCUGGUCUAUCGUCGAGAUGAGGAAGAGAUGAAUGAGGAAUCAGAAAAGGGAUACAGCGGGACAAUCGCAUAUUUGGAGCGCUUAUACAUGUCUGUACAGACCAACGAGCCCGACUGGAUUAUUCGCAAAUUAUUCAACGGAUUUUCACCGGUUGUACCCAGUGAAUUUCUGGAUUUUGUCUACGAGAAACGACCACGGGCCUUGGCGAUCCUGGCAUACUUUUUUGCUUUGGGCAAAAGGGUCGAAAAUAUCUGGUGGCUCCGGGGUAUCCCCGAACGGGAGGUACGUGGUAUUAACAGUAUUAUGCCUCUUGAAUGGAAGUGGACGAUAGUUUGGCCUCUCAAUCUAAUUUCUGAAAAGGAACAUACACCUAAGGGUGAAUCUACUGUUCCUCAGGUGAAUCGGAAUUUGAUAGAUGCUUUAUUUUGA